AGCUUUCAUCCAGCAUUCAUCCAGCAAUUAGUCCAGAGUUUUUGGUAGAGGCCCAUCGAUAAACCAUCCUAUUCACUAUAGGAGCUCCCGGAUGAAUGCAAUUGCAACCUCGGUCCACGAUGCUUCUCCGCCAUCCUCUAGUUAUAGCUCGGGCUCUCAUACGUCAAUCACCUCUGAAAUGUAGCCAUAGAGCGUUCAGUGAAACCUCACUCGUCUCCUUCACCCCCUUCACCGAAACCGAUAAAACCGACCUCCUCAACCGCCCAUCACGGACCUACCACGACCUCCUAACCUCAACCCCGCACGAUAUACUCAACGCGACACUCGACGGCUACCUCCCUCCUCUCAAAGAAGAGUUACGUCGGGGAACGAGUGCGCUGCCACCGGGUCAUCAUUUGGUAUACUUCCCCCUCUGUGUUCCCGAGCGGGAGUUAGCGAGGGACGGAUACGACCUCAUCACUGCCCCUCCCGAGCCAUGGCGACAUCGUCUCUGGACGGGUGGGAAGAUGAGCUUCGACCAGUCCCUCCACCUCAGCGCUAAUUCUCCAAUGCCGAUGAGGAUGGAGGAGAUGAUUAAGGAUGUGACAAUCGACACCAGGACGGGAUCCGGAACCGCACACGAAGAAAACUCAAUAAGCAAACUCACCGUCCACGUCGAACGCUCAAUCUACUCAACCCCUACCUCCGCCUCCGCCUCCACCUCCGUCCUAACCCCCGCCAUAACCGAACUCCGCUCCAUCACCUACAUCCGCUCAACCCCACCCCUUCCCCCACCCCGCACCCUCCGCUCCCCCUCCUCGCAGUUCGAUUUCGAGCACCACAUCCCACCAACAACACAAACCCUCCUAUUCCGUUUCUCUGCGCUCACGAUGAACGCACACCACGUCCACCACGGGAGCGGAUCAGAGGGGUGGGGGAGGCCGUUGGUGCACGGGCCGUUGCAGGCGCUGCUGCUGCUCGAAGUUGUUGGACGCCACCUGAGCGGUAGCGAAGGUGGGUUGGGGAAGGAGGGGUUGAAGGUGAAGGGGUUUGAGUAUCGGUGUCUACAGCCGCUUUUUGUGGGGGAGGGAUUGACUGUGAGGGGGAGGUGGAAGGGUAAGAAAGAGAGUGAGAAGAAGGAGAGGUUGGAGGUUUGGGGGGAGACGGUGGAGAGGGGGCUGGUUUUGAGGGGAGUGGUGGAGGUGGGUGAGACCGAGGCCGAGCCUGGUAAGGUUGGGUGAUCAUGACGGGAGAUGGGAGGUACAGACAAUGUCAUCCGGGUCGUCGACGCGACAGAUUGCGUACGUAUGCCCAACUGCCGUGACGACCUCCAGAACCUAUCUUAGGAAGAACAGCUAUGUGGCGUGACGUUAAUGGUGUCUACGAACAAGGCCGAUGCCGAGGGGCGUUUGAAACCGAGAGAGACCUGGAUUAGGCUGCAUAUGGAGUUGGAAGAUGUUGUGGUGUAGUUCGCUCACGGGGAAAGCGUUGAAGGAUGGGGCAUGGGGGUUGUUGCGGAUGUUCGAAGCGGAAAUAUAACAAAGACGGCAGAGACGAAUAUUGCACCCACGGUUCACAUUACUUGGGUAUCCUGGAUAUAGGCGAGGCGCACAAAAGCCCAGCUAGCAAGAAUCGGUCUUUGGC